CAAAUAUAAGGAGAUGAUUACACAUGAUUGAGUCUUGAGUAUUUGUCAACACUCCUGACAUCAAUACCAAUGAGAACGGAAGAAGGCUCUCACCUACAUCAUCCGAAACUCAUUAUUAUUUGUAUAUUAAAUAAUUCAUAUCUUCAUCAUCGAAUCACAUGUAUAUUGUUCAUCACAUCUGAAAUAAGAAAAUGGCAGCUGUAAACAUUUUGGUGGCAGCUUUGCUUUUUCAUGCUGUUCAGUAUGGAGAUUGUAUGUGUGAACUCCGCCAUCCACAACAACAGUAUUGUGAAUCGGACUUUGUCGUUUUGGCCGGAAUCUUGGACAAAGAUGUUAUCUAUAGUAAAGAGGGCUUCCCUAUGGCGGUUCAUUAUAUUGUGAACAUCAAAAAGGUUUUCAAGGCAGGACCAGAGUAUGAAAAUGCAACUAAGACAAUGAUCAUUUCUUCAACAUCUGGUAGCGGGGUUGGAGAGUUAGAAAUGGAUGUAAACUACGUCAUAACAGGAACUAUAAUGGACGAUAAUCUAUACACAUCUAUCUGUGAAUGGGUAAAACCAUAUCACAAUCUGACAAAGGCACAGAAAAAUGGUCUUAGAUUUAAAUAUGAAUCUGGAUGUCAGUGUGAGUUUUCUUUCUGCCGGGAAGGACAGUGUGGACAACUGGACAGCAACAACACGUGCGAGUGGGAAUUUGGAAUUAUGUUUGAUUGUUACCAUGACGAUGGUAUAUGUUUUCAUAAUGGCGAAGAGUGUGUCUGGAGAGAAACAAGAAAAUUCAGACAAUGUGAGGACAAUAUUUACCUGGGAGACCAGAAGUUUACAAAUGAAGUAAACGAAGUUAUACCAGAUCCAAUGUAACUUGUGUUAGAUUGAUUUUUACCCCCGAUUUCUUUCAUUUUUUCUUUUAGCUUUUUACAUGAAUCUUUUUUGUCUUGUUCAUUUUUUUUCUUUAAU